AUGGGAAUCAACAAUCCAAUUCCGCGUUCGCUAAAAUCGGAGAGCAAAAAAGCAGCCAAAGUACUGGCGAGCUUCGUCAAGCCUAACCAAAUCCUAGGUGCCGACACGAUGAUCCCACCUGAAGUCCUGAGACGAGCCAAGGGUCUUGCUGUGAUAACGGUGCUGAAAGCAGGAUUUCUCUUCAGCGGGAGAGCAGGAUCUGGGGUCAUCGUGGCAAGGCUAAGAGACGGAUCAUGGUCGGCACCUUCUGCAGUUGCCCUAGCAGGUGCUGGUGCUGGAGGGCUAAUCGGAGUGGAGCUCACGGAUUUCGUCUUUAUCUUGAACACAGAAGAUGCAGUCAAGUCGUUUUCGGAAUUCGGAACAAUUACCCUGGGAGGCAAUAUGUCCAUGGCAGCAGGUCCUUUGGGUCGUAAUGCGGAAGUUGCUGCAUCUGCUUCGCUGGGCGGUGUAGCGGCAGUGUUUUCUUACUCCAAGACCAAGGGUAUUUUCGCGGGAGUCUCUCUGGAAGGUUCCGUGAUUGUCGAAAGAAGGGAAGCGAAUAGGAAAAUUUACGGGGAUAAUUGUAAGGCAAAGACGAUUUUAAGCGGACGCGUAAGGGCUCCGGCAGCAGCAGAUCCUCUUUUCAGGGUUCUCGAGUCGCGCGCCUUCAACUACAGAGACAGGUCUAGAGACCCCGAUCUUGAUGAUGCUUUUUACGAUGACAUUCCAUCGUCCUUUGACUCAAACGAUAUGGAUUCUACCCGGCCAAACACAAGAUCAACUCGCAGAAGAGGUGAUUCCUUCCAAUCGUCAAGGUCCUAUCGUGACGAUUUUGAUGACGAUAUCGACGAAGAUGAUCCAAACGACGUCAGCGGCUAUUAUUCGAGGGCUAGGGGCCCAAGGUCUUCGAGCCGUUGGGAAGACGAUGUUUAUGAUAGAGACUUAGACGACACAUCUCAAAGGUUCAACCAUUCCAAAUCAUCUAGUGCACCCUUGAGACCUCGGAGUGAAAAGCCUGACUUUGGUAUUCCAUCGCCUUCGGGAGGCUCGAGGAGCGCAAGAGAUGCAUCAUCUGGCCUGCCAAAAGCUGUGGCUCUCUUCACUUUCAAGGGAGAGCAGUCUGGUGACUUACCUUUCCGUAAGGGAGACGUGAUCUCAAUAUUGAAGAAGUCAGAGUCACAAAACGAUUGGUGGACGGGGCGUAACAAUGGCCAAGAGGGUAUAUUUCCUGCUAAUUACGUAGAGUUGGUCUAA